AGUGGAGUAGUUGGAGGUAGGUAAGGGUGGAAUGUUUACAACUAGCUCCACUGUCGUCAUCUCAUCUGCAUUUUGAAACCAGUUCCGCGGCUCGAUCACGCUAGCCGUCUCACACCAGAUCGGUUUCUAUACAAAACUGAGCUGUAUCGGUAAGCGGACACUAUUCACGAUUGUGUUCUCUAAAGUGUCACCAUAAGCGUUCACCAUAUUGCAAGUUGUGUGCCCAUGUCGCAGCGGUCUGUGAGCAGGAAGGUGUGGGAGGUGCGUGCAUCAGCGUUAGCUCGCAACACCCAUAACGUGAUCAGGGAGAUCGUCGAAAACUUAGAAGUGGAACCGCACCCUAAUAAGCAGCUAAUUGCUCUUUCAAUUGGUGACCCGACUACAUUUGGAAACCUCAAUCCACCAGACCAAGUCCUACAGGCUGUGCGGGACAGCAUCGAAUUGCUUAGCUCUAGAAGUUACGGUCCAGGUAAAGGACACCAAGAUGUCAGGGAAGCGGUGGCAGAGUACUGUGCCCACCAGGGACUGGUCACAGCCGAGGACGUCAUUCUCUGCAGCGGCUGCUCUCACGCCAUCGAGAUGGCCGUCACCGUGCUGGCUGAUGCCGGCCAGAACAUUCUGGUGCCGCGACCGGGGUUCUUGAUAUACAGAACCUUAUCCGAAGGCUUAGGAAUUCAAAUAAAAUACUACAAUUUGUUGCCUGAUCAGCAAUGGAAAGUUGAUCUAGACGAUCUCGAGGGACAAAUAGAUGACAAGACUGCGGCAAUAGUUGUUAUAAAUCCGUCGAAUCCUUGCGGUUCCGUGUACAGUAAAGAGCAUUUGACUGAAAUAUUAGAUAUUGCGUCGAGAAAUCGUGUUCCCAUAAUAGCAGAUGAGAUAUACGAGCAUAUGGUGUUUUCUGGCAAUCAGUACCAUGCUCUUUCCUCGCUUUCAAUUGAUGUUCCUGUGCUCUCUUGUGGUGGACUGACUAAGAGGUUUUUGGUGCCGGGUUGGAGGAUGGGCUGGGUGAUAAUACAUGAUCGUCAGAAUAUAUUUGGGAAAGAAGUUCGCAGAGGUUUGAAUAAUAUGACUACUAGGAUACUUGGCCCUAAUACUCUAAUUCAGCGUGCCUUACCCGCUAUACUGCAACUCACGCCCCAGAGCUUUUUCGACGAUGUGUUAAUGUUUCUAGAGAGCCAAGCUAAGCUGGCUUACGAAGCACUGCGCCGAGCCCCCGGAUUGCGGCCCGUGAUGCCUCAAGGGGCCAUGUAUAUGAUGAUUCAAAUAAAGAUGUCACUAUUUCCCCAAUUCGACAACGAGCUUCAAUUUGUCGAGAGACUUGUUUUAGAACAAUCUGUAUUUUGUCUACCUGGAAAGUGUUUCGAGUACCCAAACUACAUGCGGAUUGUUCUGACAGUACCGGAGGACAUCAUGGGCGAAGCAUGCGAUCGUAUAACGAUAUUCUGCCGAGAGCAUGUUGCCUCCAGAGAUAACCUGAAGGAAGUCGAUACUAAUUCCGUUUCAGUGGAGCCUGUCAGCGACGUCAUCUGUGAACAUGAACCAUAAUGAUUUUCGAAACUCACUAUGAAAGCACUUGUACUGGUGUUUGAUUUGAGAGAAUAAUUGACGACCGCUUCUCCAUACAAACGUAGUUUAUUAUUUUACUCUCUGGAUAUCGACAUGAUGGAAAAUAUUUUUUUAAUACGAUUGCUCAAAAAGUGCUACUUUUCGUGGCUGUUUAGCGUGCGGAAAGUUGGUUUUCGCGAACUAGUGCUUUUUACUUUUCCAAUUUUUUUAAAUGUAUACUUGUUCCAAUUCAUGACUACUGUUCAUGACAUGAUGAGUGUAUAUUAGUUUCCUUUAAACGUCGUAAUCAACAUAAAAACCUACUGUUAAUGUAAGAAUACGAAAAAUAUAAUAUCUUAGUAAUUAUGUCAUUUUCUAUCAGAAUGUAAUAUGUAACUUAUAAAAUAAAAAAAAAUUGUUUUGUUAAUUUAGUUUUUAAGACAAUUUUGCUGUGCCCUAACAGGGUAUCAUGUACCGACUAUAUUUUAUUUACCACCUGUAUGAAAUAAACAUGAUUGCAAUAAAAAAAUGAAAUGAAAAAAAAAAAAAUUAUAUGCAUAUUUCAUAUUUUAUUACUUACCUCUUCAUCAUUAUAACACGUUUAUUUGUUAAUGUUGAAAAACCGUUCUUAAUAAGUUGUCUGAAUGGAACGGAACGCCUGUCAAAGAAGAGGCGUAUUUUCUUACUGCAGGAUGUUUUAAGUUUCCAAAGGCAACAUUCGAUAUUGUUUUUAUAAAUAUACGAUACACAAAUAAUCGCAAAUAACGAUAUUUAGGUAAUAAUAGUACAAUGUUUUAAUAUUUACAAUUGUUUCUGUUUUAUAGAACAUGCAUUUGAAAAAAAAAAACUUUAAUUGAAGUGGGUUCAAUAAUAAUAACAAAAUCUAUUCUAGUCGAAUAAAAGCUAGAAAAACACCUCUUCAUAAUGUCAAUGUCAA